GUCACUGAGAGUUCCUGCUCUUGGGUCACGUGAGACAGAAUGGCUUGGGGAAACUGAGGCUGCUCUAAGAAGUUUGGAGGUUCUCCGAUCAGGGACAGAGGCUGCGGCAGCCAUGUCCCACAUACAGCAGCGAGAUGGUACCAUCCAGGUACAGGAGCAGGCGCUGUUUUACCGAGAGGCCCGGCCGGGCAGUGGACAGGCUGCUCGUUUCUCUGUGUUACUAUUGCAUGGUAUUCGUUUCUCCUCGGAGACUUGGCAGAACCUGGGUACUCUCCACAAGCUGGCCGAGGCUGGCUACCGGGCUGUGGCGAUUGACCUGCCAGGUCUGGGGCGUUCUAAGGAAGCAACGGCUCCCGCCCCUAUUGGGGAGCUGGCCCCUGGCAGCUUUCUGAUGGCUGUGGUGGAUGCCUUGGAACUGGGCCCCUCCGUUGUUAUUAGCCCCUCUUUAAGUGGCAUGUACUCUCUGCCCUUCCUCACCACCCCUGGCUCCCAGAUCCGGGGCUAUGUGCCGGUGGCUCCUAUCUGCACAGACAAGAUCAGCGCUGCUGACUAUGCCAGAGUGAAGACACCGACUCUGAUUGUCUAUGGUGAUCAGGACCCGAUGGGAUCCAGCAGCUUUGAACAUCUGAAGCAGCUGCCCAACCACAGGGUGUUGGUGAUGGAGGGAGCAGGGCACCCCUGCUACCUGGACAAACCUGAAGAGUGGCAUCGAGGGCUGCUGGAUUUCCUGCAGGGACUAGCUUGAGACUCAGCCCUGCUGAUGGGGUGGGCUGGCAGCCUGCCUUGGGCUCUCUCUCUCUCUCUCUCUCAUUCCUUUACUUCUGGCUCAAUCAUGUCCAUGCAGCCGGUGCAUCUUUCUCUGGGUGCUUCUUUCUCUUGAAGAGACUAAAGGAGGUAAAAAAAAAAAAAAUCAAGUGGAAAAAAAGAAACAAAACCAAUACUCAGGAACUCAAGGAAGUCAUCUGGUGGAGAGUAAUUCAGGAAUUGCUUUUCCCAUUCACUUUCUUGCUUGGCUUUCUCCUUCUCUGCCCUGCCUUCCUCUCUCACGUAGACCAUAGAUAAAUACAAGCUCCAUGGAUAUAUUUGGGGGAACCCAUCCCUCACCUGGGAUGGUACACAGGUAUAUCCUCUGUACCUUACAAAAGGGCUUGCCUCAUUUGCAUAAGCCAGCCUUCCAGGAAGGUUGGGGGGGGGGUAAAUGGGGAAAUCUCCUGGAAUCAGGCCCUGUCGGAGAAGACCUUGUCAGACUUUGAGGGGGCGUGGCCAACCAAGGCCCCACCCACCCAUAGGUUGCAACAGGUCUCAGCCCUAAAGAGAAGGACCAACAACCUCUAAACACACACACCUCUGCCUCUCAGAUCUCUGCUUUUCCUCUUCCUGGGGGUAGAGUGUGUGUGUGGGGGGGUACCCCUAUUUCCCUUAGGUUACCAAGUCUUGGAUCUUUCUCAGAUAAACCUGUUUCCUACUGAG